GUCGCGCGCUCCGGUGCGCUCUCUCUCUCUGCUGUCUGCUCUCUGCUCUCCAGCGCUGGGAUGUCCGCUGCAGAGGGCGCAUCGCCGGCCGGGCUCAGUUGUCAGCAGCAUCGCUCUUCUGCACUCGGACAUUUUUCACAAAUUUGGACGCGACGUGAAAUCAUCGGUGUUCGUUUAAAUUAGGAUCGGCAGCAUCCGUGACUAGUAUAUAAUAAAUAACUGAAUUCGCUUUUGAACUGGGGGUGCGGUGGCGCAGUGGGUUGGACCACAGUCCUGCUGUCCGGAGCAAUCAUCAUGCCUGCAUCAGUAAAACUGCGCAGUAUUAAAAAACUUGGACAGGAGAACGGAGCGUAUGAGCUGUCAGAUGAUGGAGAGAAUACUGGGGAUUACAUGACAAUGAAGUCCUUCAAAAAAGAACAAAUGACGAAAAACAAGAAAGAAGAAGCUCUAAUCAGGAUUGGUUUCUUUCAGAUGUUUCGCUUCGCCAGAUGGCAGGAGGUCCUCAUGAUGCUGGUGGGCUGCAUGUGCGCCAUACUUCACGGCUCUGCUCAACCUCUGGUGCUGCUAGUGUUUGGCUUGCUCACCGACACCUUCAUCGAGUACGACAUCGAGCUUCAGGAACUCCAGGACCCUGAAAAGCACUGCGUUAACAACACUAUACAGUACAGAAACCUGUCCACUGAAGACAACUUAAAUCUGAACAUGACGAAAAAAUGUGGGGUAUUGGACAUUGAACUUGAAAUGACAUACUUUGCUUACUAUUACCUUUGUAUCGGAGCAGCAGUGUUCUUCCUAGGGUACUGUCAGAUUGCUUUGUGGGUGACUGCAGCUGCACGUCAGAUCCAAAUCAUUAGGAAGCUGUAUUUCAGCAAAGUCAUGAGGAUGGAGAUUGGAUGGUUUGACUGCAACUCUAUGGGGGAGCUGAACAGCAGAAUGUCGGAUGACAUCAAUAAGAUCAGCGACGCAAUUGCUGAUCAAGUAAGUAUCUUCCUACAGCGCUUCACCACAUUUGUCUGCGGAUUUCUCGUUGGCUUUGUGAAAGGGUGGAAGCUGACGCUCGUCAUCAUCUCAACCAGCCCCAUGAUCGGACUGGCAGCUGGCCUCAUGGCACUGUUUGUAGCAAAGCUGACCGGCCAAGAACUGCAGGCCUACGCCAAGGCAGGAGCCGUGGCUGAUGAGGUGCUCCUCUCAAUCAGAACGGUGGCAGCCUUUGGGGGGGAAAAGAAAGCAAUUGAGAGGUACAACAAAAACCUGAUCUCAGCCCAGAAAUGGGGGAUCCAUAAGGGCAUGAUCAUGGGAUUCUUCACGGGGUACCUCUGGCUUAUUAUCUUCUUCUGCUAUGCCUUGGCUUUCUGGUAUGGCUCCAGCCUGGUGGUGGACAAAAAUGAGUACAGCCCUGGAACCCUACUGCAGGUAUUUUUCGGUGUGCUGGUAGCAGCCCUGAACCUGGGACAAGCAGCUCCUUGUUUGGAGGCCUUUGCCUCUGGUAGAGGAGCUGCUACUAUUAUCUUUGAGACCAUUGAUAGAGAACCAGAAAUAGACUGCUUUUCGGAAGCUGGAUAUAAACUAGACAGAGUGAUAGGGGACAUCAAGUUCCACAAUGUAACCUUCCACUACCCAUCAAGACCUGAUGUUAAGAUUCUAGACCAGCUAAAUGUUGACGUGAAAUCUGGGGAGACAACAGCUUUUGUGGGUGCCAGUGGCGCUGGGAAGAGCACAGCUAUUCAACUCAUCCAACGCUUCUAUGAUCCGAAAGAGGGCAUGGUAACCCUGGAUGGCCAUGAUAUCCGCAGCCUGAACAUCCAGUGGCUUCGCUCCCUGAUUGGGAUUGUGGAGCAGGAGCCUGUGUUGUUUGCCACAACAAUUGGCGAGAACAUCCGUUUCGGCCGACCAGAUGUCUCCAUGGAAGAUAUUGUGAAGGCAGCCAAGGAGGCCAAUGCCUACAACUUCAUCAUGGACUUACCCCAGAAAUUUGACACCCUAGUGGGGGGAGGCGGUGGUCAGAUGAGUGGUGGGCAGAAACAGAGGAUUGCCAUUGCUCGAGCGCUGGUGAGGAACCCGAAGAUCCUGCUGUUGGACAUGGCCACUUCUGCCUUGGACAAUGAGAGCGAGGCAGUGGUACAGGAGGCGCUUGAUAAAGUACGCCUGGGACGCACUACCAUUUCUAUAGCCCACCGCCUGUCCACGAUUAAGAACGUUGAUGUGAUUGUGGGCUUUGAGCAUGGUCGUGCAGUUGAGAGGGGCAACCAUGAGGAACUUUUGGAAAGGAAGGGAGUGUACUUCACACUUGUGACACUCCAGAGCCAGGGAGACCAGGCCCUGAAUGAAAAAGCUCGGCAAAUGUUUGAGGCAGAUAAACCUGAGGUGGAUACUGGGAAACAAAAUCUCUCUCGAGCUGGUAGUUAUCGGGCAAGUUUGAGAGCCUCCAUCCGUCAGAGAUCUAGAUCCCAGCUCUCCAAUGUCAUCUCUGAGGCUUCUGUUCCCAUCACUGGGGAACUUAGUCCAAGACCCUACCCAGAGUCCUUCAUGUUACAAGACAAUAUCAAGGAACUGAUUGCCACUGCAGAGGAAGAAGAAGAGCCACAGGAGGGUGCUCCUGUGGUGAGGAUAUUGAAGUACAACUUUUCAGAAUGGCCCUAUAUGCUAUUUGGCAGUAUAGGUGCUGCAGUCAAUGGUGGAGUCAACCCCAUGUAUUCACUACUGUUCAGUCAGAUCCUUGCGACAUUCUCAAUGCCAGAUCCAGAGACCCAGAGACAGGAAAUUGAUGGGAUCUGCCUGCUCUUUGUCAUCAUUGGAGUGGUCUCAUUGUUCAUGCAAAUCCUACAGGGCUAUGCCUUCUCCAAGUCUGGGGAGCUGCUAACACGUAGGCUGCGGUGCAUGGGAUUCCGUGCCAUGUUGGGCCAGGAGAUCGGCUGGUUUGACGACCACAGGAACAGCCCAGGAGCUCUGACCACACGUUUGGCCACUGAUGCCUCUCAGGUCCAGGGGGCUACAGGCUCACAAAUAGGCAUGAUUGUCAACUCUCUGACCAAUAUUGGUGUAGCCAUCAUCAUCUCCUUCUACUUCAGUUGGAAGCUGACCCUGGUUAUCAUUUGUUUUCUGCCCUUCUUGGCACUGUCCGGAGGAUUCCAGGCAACAAUGCUUACAGGAUUUGCUAAGGAAGACAAGCAAGCAAUGGAGGCUGCUGGGCAGAUUUCAGGGGAGGCACUGAACAACAUCCGCACCAUUGCUGGCUUGGGCAAAGAGAAGACAUUUGUGGAGAUGUAUGAGGCCAAGAUGGAUGCUCCGUACAAGGCAGCCCUAAAGAAGGCCAAUGUAUAUGGUGCCUGCUAUGGCUUUUCCCAGUGCGUGGUCUUUCUGGCAAAUUCUGCCUCCUAUAGGUUUGGGGGAUAUCUGGUGCGGCAAGAAGGGCUUCACUUCAGCUUGGUGUUCAGGGUUAUAUCUGCCAUUGUCACAAGUGGAACAGCCCUGGGUCGAGCAUCUUCCUACACACCAGAUUACGCCAAAGCCAAGAUUUCAGCAGCCAGGCUUUUCCAGCUGUUCGACCGGAUUCCAAAAAUCAAAGUUUACAGUGAAGAAGGGGAGAAAUGGUCAGAUUUUAAAGGUGAGAUUGAAUUUAUAGACUGCAAGUUCACAUACCCAACCCGACCUGACAUCCGUGUGCUCAAUGGCCUGAAUGUGUCAGUGAAGCCAAGUCAGACCCUGGCCUUUGUGGGAAGCAGCGGUUGUGGUAAGAGCACCAGUGUCCAGCUGCUGGAAAGGUUCUACGACCCAGAAGAAGGCAGAGUUCUUAUUGAUGGCCACAACUCCACCAAGGUCAAUGUGGCAUUUCUACGCUCCAAGAUUGGCAUUGUCUCCCAGGAGCCCAUCCUCUUUGACUGCAGUAUUGCUGAGAAUAUCAAGUAUGGGGACAAUCAGCGAGAGGUCAGCAUGGACGAGGUCAUCUCGGCGGCAGAGAAGGCCCAGCUGCAUGAUUUUGUCAUGUCCUUGCCAGAGAAAUACGAGACCAGUGUGGGUGCUCAGGGCUCUCAGCUGUCCCGGGGACAGAAACAACGCAUUGCCAUUGCCAGGGCCAUAGUGAGAGACCCAAAAAUCCUUCUCUUGGAUGAGGCCACAUCUGCCUUGGAUACUGAGAGCGAGAAGACAGUCCAGGAGGCUCUUGACAAAGCUAGGGAGGGCAGGACCUGCAUCAUCAUUGCUCACCGCCUGUCCACCAUCCAGAACUCUGAUGUCAUUGCAGUCAUGUCCAGAGGCUAUGUGAUUGAAAAGGGUACCCACAACCAACUCAUGGCCCUUAAGGGUGCCUACUACAAACUGGUUACCACUGGUGCUCCCAUCAGCUAAUACCGUGGGACUGAACAGUGCAAUGUUGCCUUGGAACCAAACUCACUGCUGAAUCUGUCACUGGAACAUGAUUAAGUGUUUUGUAUUUAUUUUACUUCGUCUUUCCAAACAGGCCGUUGUGCUAUCAGUGACGGUUCUUAAUGUUUAAAAGGACCGUUUCCACAGAAAUAAGGAAAAUAACUCAUAGCAUUUUGUGAAAGUUUUGCAUUGCAGGAAAUUUCAGUGUGCUAUUUUGUAAAUUCUGUUGUGUUUUCUCUUACUUGCAGUAGAAGUAACUGAGCCAGAAGUUGGUAGCUUGUACCUUUAUUAUAGUGUAAAAUACUAUACUAAAGGAAAAUAAUUUCAUUGAAUGAAAUAUUAAUUUCAUUUGCACUUUGCAAAAAUAAAAUGU